AAAAGAUUUUUAAAGACAAUCGUUGGAUUAUUUGUAACAAUAUUAAUUUGCACGACGUAUGAUUAAUUAAUAAACUAAUAAUAUUAAUAAAUAAUGAAUGGUGAUUAUUUAAAUUGUAAUAACAAAAUGAUGGCUGUUAAAGUUGAGCCCGGUGCAUGCUGUUCUAAUGAUAAUAAUAAUAAUGAAGUUGAUGAGAUAAAAUCAAAAUUUAAAUUUAAAAAUAAUGUUAAGUGUAACAAUAAGUGUUUCAAUCUUGUUGACAAGUGGAUUAAUAAAGCUAUUGUUCGAGUUCCAACUGGUGAUAACUGGCACAAUAUCAUACAAAGGGAAAUUGCGUUGCUGAAAGUGAGGUACCCAUUUUUGACAGAAAAACAGCUCAAAGGAAAAGCUCUUGUUAAAUUUGGGAUUCCAUGUUUUAUGGGAAAUAUUGUUAGGACAGGCGACAAGAAAGUCACAGGUGCACUCGCCAAGGAAUUAUUAAGAACUCGAGUAAAAAAUUCAAGAGUUCCAGCAGCAUUUAAAGCUUCUAAUAAAGUUUUAUCUUGUGUUAAAAAACUUGAUGUCCCUCACAGUCAAGUAUCAACCAUAGAAAAUUAUCUCGAGUCAAAUUCUCAUGAUAUAAAAGAUUUAAAGACUGAAAACAAAAUGUUUCAACAACUGAAGAGUGUUGAUGAUAAUUCAAAAUUACGAAAUCCAUAUCAUUCAAAUGAUAAAGAAAAUGAUUGUCCAGAUACACCAAGGAAGAAAAGAAUUCACGGUUCUAUUCACGUUCCAUUGAGGACUUGUUAUGAUAACGAUGACCCGCAAACACCGACUAAAAAAUUUAAAUUAGAACCGACAAAACCAGAAGACAGAAGAUUAUUAAAAUUUGUUACUCAAGCUGCAAAUGAAGUAAUGGUCGAUUCAGACACUGAGCCUGCCAAAAGUUUAAUGAAACCGGAUUGCUCACCCUCGCCAUUGACAAAAGAUUUGAUGGAAAGAAUUAAAAAAAAUCCUAUGGUUUAUAUACGGGACAGAGAUGCAAAUAAAAGUGAUUUGGAUGGCGCUCCCUUGACGCAAGCAGAUGAAAAUGAUGUCGAGUCAAAUUUUUACAGUACAAACAACUUAAAAACUGACAACAAAAUGUUGCAACCACUGAAGAGUGUUGAUGAUAAUUUAAAAUUACGAAAUCCAUAUCAUCCAGAUGAUAAAGAAAAUGAUUGUCCAGAUACACCGAGAAAAAAAAGAAUUCACGGUUCUACCCACGUUCUAUUGAAUACUUGUUAUGAUAACGAUGACCCGCAAACACCGACUAAAAAAUUUAAAUUAGAACCGACAAAACGAGAUGACAGAAGAUUAUUAAAAUUUGUUACUCAAGCUGCAAAUGAAGUAAUGGUCGAUUCAGACACUGAGCCUGCCAAAAGUUUAAUGAAACCAGAUUGCUCACCCUCGCCAUUGACAAAAGAUUUGAUGGAAAGAAUUAAAAACAAUCCUAUGGUUUAUAUAUGGGACAGAGAUGCAGAUAAAAGUGAUUUGGAUGGCGCUCCCUUGACACAAGCAGAUGAAAAUUUGAACGCUGAGAAGAAUGAUGGGAAUGAAGAAAUAUUGACAGUUGAUUUAGAGUCGGCUUCAUUAACGGAAUCACUUGAUUCGUCAGAAUAUCCUUGGCCAGCUGGUCAACGUUUGCGCGAGUCUAUGUCUCUUGAAAAAUUAGAUUCAACUCAUAAGUCAUUUGAAAAACUCAGUCUAGAAGAUGAUUCUGAUUUAAUAACAAUCUCACCCAUUCGUAAAAACACUCAAGAUUUUUUGAGAAUGAAUUUAAAUAAUAAUGUUGUAAGUCCCCUUACUCAAGAUACUUUGUCAAUAAAAUUGUCUUCAAGUCUUGAUCACGAUUACGCUAAAGAUGAUGCCACUCAACUUGAGUCUUCUAGUUCAUUAAAUUCAUUAUUUCCUUAUGAUUCACGAAUUUUUUCUAUGAAAUCUAACGACAUCAACAGCGACAAUGGAGGACAAUCACCGUUGGACUUGAGUGGAAAAUUAAAAGAUAUGGACAAUAUUUUCACACCACCUUCGCUUCCGAGCCAAGAUAUUAAUUCAAUACCGUCACAACUAUUCCAAGAUUCAUUUUUAAAAAACAGUUUCAAUGAGACUGAGUUUAGUGAAGAUGAAUUCAGUGAAUAUCCAGCUGAUUCAUCAAAGCAGUUUAUGUUAUCUGAUUUAUGCGAUGAAUUUAGCGAAGGCUGGAGAAAAGUUCCCUGCAAUCGAUCAGUUCUUCCGAGUACUGACAUUCGUGAAGAAAUGAAUAGGAUAUCGAUGGAAGAGAUCAAACAGAACGUAACCCAAAUUAUUGAUUAUCUUUAUGCUGAUAGUGAUACUGAUUAAAAUUAUUUAUUUAUUUUUUUAUUAUUUAUUUUAUCAAAGUUUUUUUAUUUUUUGAGUUUAAAAUUUCUAUAUUAUUUUUUUAAUUUAUAAACAUGCCUAUGCGUAUAAAUAAUACGCAGUCAGUAUUUAUUUUAAUUUUAACUUUUGGAAAGCAAGACAAAAUUGCUUUGAUUUACGAUUAAAAAAUAUUAAUUAGAUAUUUUUUAUGCAUUUAAAAUGGUCUUU